GGCUCAUCAGUUAACCACUUAUGCAAGUACAUACACAUUGAUAUCUCUACUUCUCAUCUGGCCCCAAGCAGCUGUGGUGAGAGAGGACUGGAGUAGUUCUCUCUCCCUGGGGAAGCCUGCAAACUGAACCCCUUAUCACCAGCCUCAUGCAAGAGCAAUGCUUUAAAUGAAGGAAAAACAAAAAUUAAGGACCCGAGCAGCGACAGUACGCACUUUUGGGGACCGGUAGCCAACUGGGGACUCCCUAUUGCUGCUAUUAAUGACAUGAAGAAAUCUCCAGAGAUCAUUAGUGGGCGGAUGACAUUUGCACUAUGUUGUUACUCUUUGACUUUUAUGAGAUUUGCCUACAAGGUACAGCCGAGAAACUGGCUUCUGUUUGCAUGUCACUUCACUAAUGAAAUUGCACAGCUUAUCCAAGGAGGACGACUGAUGAAAUACACGAUGGAAAAGAAGAACUAAAUAUCUUUAUCUUGGAAAAACUGGGAAUGCGCUCCUCAUUGUGAAUUACAACAAAGGAAGAGCUCUACAUCUGCUAUGAUGCAGACUUUUGCAUUUUCUUCUCCAUUAUAAAAUUCAUCAUGAAUACAAAGUUUUGCCAACAUAAAACACAUCAUCCUUCCACUAAAUCUUGUAGCCUGCCUUUUUUUGUAACAUACUCUUUCAAAUGUAAACAAUUACAUUUAACUCUUUGCUGCCUUACAAGAACUAAUUUUUUACUAUUAAUGAAAUGACUUACCCACAUCAUGUCAAUUUCUUUUUAAAAGAUGAGAACUUUUGUUUUUAUUUAAUCAACCAGAUAACUGAAUGGGACAGGACCAUUUCAUGAAACUUAAGCCUGCAAAAUCAAUAUGUACUUAGAGGUCAGUAAGACAAUUGUAAGAGGUGUAAUUGUUCUGCAUAUUUAAGUAUUUUAAAACCAUUUAAUAUAGUAAUUUGGGAGCAUUUAUUCCUGACUGUUUCAUCAUUAAAAUUUAUAACAGACUUCAGCAAUAUCUUCCCAGUUCCAGGUUGCCAAGUCACUCACUGUGUGCCUGUUGUCAGUAAUGUGACUAAAGGAUUUUACCUGAAAGGGCAUGUUACUUUUUUUUCAUAAUUUCUGCUCCAAGUCACCUUCAGAGAAGCAAGAAUUUCUUGUAAACCAAAGUAGGGUAACAGUAAUUACAAAUAGGCAUAUUUAAGAGAUUUGGAAUGUUGAGGAGUUUAUAUUAUUAAACAUUUCAUUUUGUGCACUUGGGCCUCUGAAGGCUGCUCCAGUCCUUAUUUGGGCAAAAAAAAAUUCCUGUUACUUCAGUGAAGGAUAAAACUCCAUUGUCUGGUUGCCUCCACAUUGUGGCAGUCACAUUUUUUUUCUACUUGUUCAUAUUUGCUUGAAAGUGGCAUCAGCAAUGGCAAUUAAUGUAUAUAGCAUAAAGACUUAAUAUGACACAACUUUAUCAUCAGUGAAAUAAUUUUUGGACAAUAAAAUCUGUGUCCUAUCUAAGAUUGUAUUGUCAAAGUUUUAAUUGGGGGGAAAAAAUGGCAAUAAAUAAUUCUGAUAAAAUUCUGAUGCAAGUAGCCUUUACACAAUAAAAUGGAAUACUCUUCUUAUACUCUAGUGUCAGAUCUUAAAGGAAAUCUACAUACGGGAAGUCUGAUGGUCAAGACUUCUCAGAUAGUGGCCAUUUCCUGUUGCAGUGAGCUGUAAUUAUAAUUAAAUAAACUGGUGUAUGAAAAUAGCGUUGAAGUUUUUACUGACUGUUGUGGAUUUAUUGGCAUACAGUUGAUGGAUAAUAAAAAUGUCUCUGUAUAUAAAGAAGUCCUUUACCUAAAUGGGAUUUGUUGGAGCAGGAAAGAGAUGAGGCGACACCUCUUUGGAAUUUUUACUGUGACACUGUGUUAAUUGUACAGAUCAGAUCAAAUCAAUCUCAUUAGUUUGCAUUUGAGGAAAAUGUUGAUCUUUGGUUCUUUACAUCCAAUAGAUCACAAACUACACAAGUGGCCACAAAUGAGAGGGCUAUGUGGAAGUGUCUUUCAGCUGGGGGAAUUUUGGAGUUAACAAUACAAAUUAUUCUGUGUGUCUUAAGUAGAUCAUGUGCUGCUGGUUAGUUAUGCAGCACUCUCUUCUCUUCCUGUAUGCUUUGUUCCUAUUUACUUGUAUGUAACCUCUUCAUAGGAUGACCCUUCAACAGUGGCCAUUGCCAGAUAGUUCAGAGGAAGUUGUGAAAUGUAUAAUGCACAUAGCUGCUAAUGCAGUAUUGCAUAUGAGUAGGAGAGAACAAUGAUCCCUUGAAAGGAAUCAUUAGUUGUAUCCAUAUUACAAAUAAGGAUAAGGUGAGAGACUUUUAAGCCAAGAUUUUCAAUUAUUUCAGUUUGAACUAUUGGGUACUCAGCAUUUUGGGCUGGAAUUAAGUGCCUAAAUUUGAAUUUAAGUGCCCAUAUUUGAAUGGGUUAAGCACCAUAUUUGUAUAUGUAGAAGGUCAAAAAGAAAGUGGUAGAGACUGAAAAUAAAGCUUAGGUCUCCUAGUUCCCACUCUUAAGCUUUAUCCGUUAUUGAUUAUUCUUUUUUUCCUUACUCCCCAUAAAGUUAAAAUAGUUGAUGCCUCUCCUUGUUCUUAUGAAACUGCAUUAAUGCAAUGGUAAAUUCAAAACCAGGCCAUGUGCCAACUCUAGCUUAUUGGUUUUAUUUCAUAAGGUUUUGUCCAAGCACUUUCUUCGUGUUGAAUCUGUACCAGUUCCUACUCUUUGUGUGUUUGGAAUUCAAAUAAACAUCAAAAUAUAACG